AUGAAUGAUACGUUAGCAGCUAGGGGUUCUACUGUGGAAACAUUACUUCAAGAACAAGAUUACAUUGGAAGGGUUGAUAAUGCAUUCAAUAAGGCUACUAUUAAAAUCAACUUUUGGAGGCAAAGAAUGAAGGAAAGUUGGAUUGCCGAGGGAGAUUUCCCUACGAAGCUCUUGUAUACUAGAGUUAGAGUAAGAAAGAAAAAGAAUGAGAUCCUUACACUCAAAGAUCAAGAUGGCAAUUGGGCCGAAGAUCAACAUCUAGUAAAGGAAUUGGUUGUAGAUUCACUAAAGGAGGUUUUCAACUACGAUCGUCCUAUAUCUCAUGGCGAACUUGACAUUGUUCUCAGGGAAUUAGAUUUACCUCAAAUAACCUCUAUACAAUCAGCCAACCUUGUUAGGCCUUUCUUGGACUCUGAAAUUAAGACUGCUAUGUUUGCAAUGGAGAAUUCAAAAUCUCCGAGUCCAGAUGGGUUUACUACAGCUUUUUACAAAUUACAUUGGAAUAUAGUGGGUGAUUCUGUUUGUGCUGCAGUCAAGAGUUUUUUCACCAUUGGAUUUCUUCUGAAAGAAUGGAAUUACUCCCUUCUGGUCAUGAUUCCGAAGAGAGAUAUUACGGAGGAGGUCGGACAUUUGAGGCCAAUAAGUCUUUGCAAUACAAUUUACAAAUGUGCUUCAAAAUGUAUGGUAGCACGGAUGAAGUCCAUCUUGCUAGAUAUUAUCUCUCAGUCUCAUCAAGCCUUUAUUUCAGGAAGAUUCAUGACACAUAAUAUUCUUUUUAGUCAUGAGCUCAUUGAGAAAAUAAACCAGCGUCGAAGAGGUCAAGGGUAUCUAGCCUCUGUCAAAAUUGAUAUGAGCAAAGCUUAUGACAGAGUUCACUGGGACUUCUUGCUUCAUAUCCAUAGGUCUUUUGGAUUUCCAAGCCAAUGGAUUCAGCUUAUCCAUCAAUUUAUCUCAACGAUCUCAUACAAAGUCCUUAUCAAUGGAGAUACUUCAGAUCAGUUCAGGCCAAAUUGUGGCAUUCGUCAGGGAGAUGCGUUAUCUCCCUUUUUGUUUCUAUUUUGUAUGGAUAUUUUUUCCCGUAUGCUACAAAUAGGUACAGAUAUUCGUCAGUUUCAGGGGAUUAAGUUGACUAGAGGAUGUCCAGAAAUUUCACAUAUCUUCUUUGCGGAUGAUGCACUCCUUUUCUUCAGAGCAAUGACAGACAGUUGUUCAUCAGUGACAAACAUAGUCAACAGCUUUUGUGGUAUUUCAGGUCAACAGUUAAAUCUUCAGAAGUCUCAUUUCAAAGUAAGCCCAAACACUCCAAUGGAAGAGCAACGAACUUUUAAAGACUUGUUAGGUAUGGAGAUGUUUAUUGUGGAUAAGGUUGCAGCUAAGGUUACGUCAUGGAACACGAUCAACCUUUCUCAAUCACAAAAGCUAAUUUUGAUUAACUCUGUUCUUAUUCCAAUGGCGUCACAUGUUCUUAGCUGCUUGGAGGUUCCCAUUUCUGUUGCUUCUAAGGUGGAUGGAAUUUUUACUCGCUUCUUUGGGCUAAAAAAUGCAAACCUGAUUGGUAAUGGAAGAAAGGUAGUAGCAUGCAGAGAUAGAUGGGUUUAUGGUCAAAUCCCAGAAUACAAAUCAGAAGUUCACCUGUGUAAUGUUCGUAAAUGGAAAGCUAGCCACUUUAUUCUACCUCUGCAUGCAGGUUGGAAUCAUCAGCGCAUCAAUGAAAGCUUUGUAUUUCACGAUGCCUGUCGUAUAGUUGGUAUGGAACUACCGGUUGAAGAUAAGAAGGAUUUUCUUUACUGGCGUUACCACGUUUCAGGUAACUUUACAGUUAAAACUUCUUACACUAUGCUAGAUUCUGAAGAUGUUUCACAACUACAUAACGAUUCCAAUUCGGAGCUCUACACAUUGCUUUGGUCAAUGGACAUUCUUCCAAAAUGGAAGCUCUUGUUUUGGAAAAUCUUCCAUAAAGGUCUUGCUACGAAAGUAAAUCUUAAUAGGCGUGGUAUUGAAUUACCAGUUUCGUGUGAUUAUUGUGCAAGUGAAGCGGAAGGCCAUCAACAUAUUUUUAGGUUUUGCGUUCUAGCACAACAAGUGUGGAGGGGUGGAUCGUUAGCUAUCCACUUAGAAACCGAGGAAACUACCUCCUUUAUGGAUUGUACAAUAUGGGCACUCUGGAUAGCCAGGAAUAAUAGGGUUUUCAGAGGUGAUACAACCAACAUCACUACAGUUCUGGUCAUCAUUAAGGAGGGGGCUGAUAAACAGGGCUUUCUAAAGAAAAAUAAAGAUCACCACUUGAGCUUCCUUCAUCCUCCAGAGAUCAUUUCCACUUAUCCACCAGGGUUCUGUAGAAUUAUCAUUUCUAAUACGGGUGCCGAAGGUGCAAUAGAUAUGAUUCUAGUUGACGGUUCUUGGCAUAAUCAUACCCGCAAUGCAGGAAUGGGAUGGUAUUUGGAGGGGCAACAAGAGAAUGUUCAUAGGAUCCUCGGUGGAGCUGCGUCAGGAACGACCUUUUCUGCUUUGCAUUUGGAAUCUUUGGCUUGUUUAUAUGGGUUACGGUGGGCUGUGCAUGCAAGCUUUCAUAAGGUUACAAUCCUUAUUGAUUCCCAGUCGCUAGUAGAGAUGGUGAUAAAAGAAGAGUUGAUUGAUGUCCAUUUGCUUUGGACUGUUCCAGAGAUUAAAAUGGUUGGGAAAACGUUCCAAUGGUGUAGUAUACAGAAGGUGGAUCGGUGCAGAGUGCAGAGAGCUCACGAUAUCGCGAAGGGAGCAUCUACAACUUUAUAA